AUGCUGAUGCUGAUGCUGAUGCUGCUGCGGCUGCAUCGUCCGUCGGGACGAGGCCGACCUGCUCGCACGAUCGAAGAGUGCGUGGGAAAAUUGGGACAAAUUAAGGCCAUGCUGCAGUUGGGCCGUUGGACGGUUGAGUCAUUGCAGACAGACGAGACGUGGCGGCUGGCGCGCGAGUUCGAGUCAGAGACGAGAAAGUUGACAAUCGCUCAACCGACGCGUAUUUCGCAGCCGUCAAAGCCGGCCAAGUUGCACAGACCGGCACGCUUGCAAAGAGGACAGACAACCCAAUCUGUCUGUCACUUUGCAGUAAAUAAAUGUAUUUAUUCACGAGCAAACAGUUAA